UAAGAGCAGACGGAGCUCAAAUUCAGUCCUGUCAGUGAGUAGAGGCACUCAGAAAUAGCAGAGAAGAGAGGGAGCACAGAAACGCAUGGUGAACUAAUGGAUUACUCUCACAGACUCUUGUGAACUACACAGCACCGACAUACCAUCAACCACACAAACUGGCAAAUACAGUACAGACAUACAAUAUUCACACUGAUUUCACUCAACAAGCUCUCUACAAAUUUUGAUUACACAGACUUUGAGACAGUUCUAACACAGGUCUCUUAAUCUACAUUAGAGUAAAUAGACAAACGGAUUCUCUGAUUCUGACACAAACAGACACAAUGGAAAUGCAUGGGCUUCAGUGUUGAACUGAAGGACCAAAGAUGUGAAUUUCGGUGAGGACUCUUGACACCUUUGUGAAACAUCACUGAAGAGCAUCACAAGCAAAACAGGACACGCAUGAGGAGGUUGACCAUGCACUGACAAAAAGGCAUGGAAACCAUCUCCGGGGAAAUGGGUUGGAAUAGAUUAGGCCACUCCUCUCUGGCGUCCGUGACAACAGGAAGAACCAACCUCACUUCCUCCCUCUUCUCCGACUUCACGUCCCUCAACAGUUCUCACGAAGGGGCAGGGUCCUAUUACUGGAUUAUCCCCGAGAACGCCUCAGCCACCACGCCCCAUGCCUUACCCCAGCCCGGGGUGAGGGAUCUGGGUCUGGCCCGGGCGGAGAUAGGGGUCCUGGGCUUGGUGCUGGCCCUCACUACCCUAGGGAAUGGCUUCGUACUGUGGGUGCUGCUCCGCAGGAGGAAACACAACGCUCCGAUGCAUCUGUUCAUGGUCAACCUGUGUCUGGCUGACCUGGUGGUGGCGCUGUUCCAGGUUUUUCCCCAGCUGGUGUGGAACAUCACAGAAAGGUUCCAGGGGCCGGAUUUUCUGUGUCGCUCAGUAAAGUACCUGCAGAUCGUAGGGAUGUUCGCGUCCUCCUAUAUGAUUGUUGCCAUGACAGUGGACCGGCACUAUGCCAUCUGCUGCCCACUGCAGGCCUACCGUGGUGGGUCCGUGUCCCGCUGGAACACCCCUAUUAUGAUGGCCUGGGGCCUGGCCUUACUUCUCUCUAUACCACAGUUGUUCAUCUUCUCGCGGUCGGAGGUGUCUCCAGGAGAGUUUGAGUGCUGGGCUCACUUCGCUGAGCCGUGGGGACUCAAGGCCUACAUCACCUGGAUGACCCUAGCAGUGUUCUUACUGCCAGCACUAAUCAUCACUGUCUGCCAGAUACGGAUCUUCAGAGAGAUUCACAACAACAUCUAUCUGAAGUCAGAGAGGAUGGUGUCAGCAGAGCUCAAGAAGAACAACGCUGUCAUCUUCCACUUCCACAGAGUCAAAAAGGACGACAACAGAGCGACCAGGGAGCGGGGGGGGGGAUGCAGAGGGGGGAGAGGAGCAGGAGUAGGAGGGGAGCAGCUUCUAAAGACUAUGAACAACAACCCCUCCAGCACUCUCUCUGUUGUACCCUCAGAGUGCUAUCCCUACCUGUCCCCCUCUCCACAGUACAGCAGCUGUCACAACAACCACACAGCAGCAACACAGCAAAGCCCCUUCAACACCCCAGAUAACCUAACCCUCCCCUCCAACCCCGGCCUCAGUGACCAAAGGGGCUCCAGUACAGCUGUAGUUCCCCCAUCAUGUGACCCGUGCCCACAUGGAUCCCAUGGCCCAGUCACCUCAGGUGGUUGUGGUGGUGGUUCAGUGCCUCCUAACAAUGGCGGAUGCCACUGUCAUGAGUCCUACACAUCCUUCGAGCUCCCAUCCUCCCCCCGGUGUGUCUCCUCUCCACGCCCAUCGCUGGAGUACCCUCCCCCAACCCCCCGAGCCCUGACGCCCCCCUCCAUCUCCAAGGCCAUGUCUAAGACGGUGAGGAUGACUCUGGUGAUAGUGUUGGUCUACACAGUCUGCUGGUCCCCCUUCUUCAUCGUUCAGCUGUGGGCCGCCUGGGACCCCAACCCUCCAGACCAAGGCGUAGCAUUCACCAUCCUGAUGCUGCUGGCCAGUCUGAACUCGUGUACCAACCCCUGGAUCUACACCUUCUUCAGCAGCUCUGUGUCCAGGGAGCUACAGGCCCUGUUACGCUGCAGACCAAGAACCCCGCGCAGGGGCUCCAUACCUGACGACUCCACCACCACACACACCUCCACCACCAAGGACAGCCUCUACUGACACAUUCAGACACUCACACAGCACACACACUCCACCAAGGACAACUUGUACUGUCUCACACACACACACCACCACCUCCACUGCUGCCAGCACCUAAGACUAGAGGACAGCCCGCACUGACCUUCAGGCAGCAAACACAUUUCCCCCAACACGGAAACAUGGACAGCUGUGUUAUGGCCAGGAAGGAAGGACCCCUAUGAAACAUCCCCUGUCUGUCUGUCUGUCCCCUCUGUCUUCUCUCCCUCACACCGAGGAGGUUGCUAUUGAACGAGAGGAGAAACGUGAGUCAGCUGAGGAGGACAAAUGUGAGUGAAGACAUCGACACUACGUAAUGGAAUAUAGACCUUUACAGCACCUGUAUAGGUACUGUACCUAUAAAUAUGCAUAUAUCAACAGCAGGAUAAGAUGUUCACUUGGUACUGUAGAAACGGAACGAAAACAGAGAAAGAUAUUCAAAUGCUCCUUUGAAUAAGCUGACCAUGGAGUAUACACAUCCUGUAUUAUACGUUGUCUCUACAUGUCUGUCUCUAUAUAAAGAGAACAGUGCAGUUGUCAGACGGUGAUUCCCUUCAAGGCUACAAAUUACUUCACCUCUCGCAAGACGACACAGGCAGUACAUUAAAUGUUUGUUGAGUGGACUUACAUGCCUAAUGUACAAAGCAGUGCAUAAGCUCACAGUACGCUAUGGCUCAAACUACAGAACAAAGCAGCCAGACAGCAGACUGAGUGAGAAAGAGAGAGAGAGCGAGAGAGAGAGAGAGAGAGAUGGGGAGAGGGAGAGAGAGAGAAAAAAAGGUGGAGAGGGAGAGAGAGAGAAAGAGGUGGAGAGGGAGAGGGAGAGAGAGAGGGAGAGAGAGAGAGAGAAAGAAAGAGGGGAAGAGGGAGGGAGAGAGAGAGAGAAAUAGGGGGAGAGCGAGAGAGAGUACAGGCUCAGUGAGAACAGCCUUGCCAUUGAGAAGGGUAGACACAGGAAAACCGGACUCCCUGUAGAGGAAAGGCUGUGCAACCACUGCACAACAGCAGAACCUGAGACGGAGCUGCAUUUCCUGACAAAAUGUACAAAAUAUAAAACAAUUCGAGAGUGUCAUUUCCCCAAAUUUGAAACCCUUAUUCAAAGUUUCAAAGACCUCUCUGAUGAGGAUAGGCUACCCGUCCUGUUGGGGGAGGAUGCAGAGAGCUGUGUGUUGGCAGUGCACUACAUUUCUGCCUGCCAUAAGUUGAGGGACAGUGUCUGACAGACCAAUCAACCUGCACAUGUCCUCUACUGUAUGCUUAUUGUUAUUGUUCAAUGUAUGGUUAUUUUGACACUUGGAUGUUGUUGUUACUGUUGUCCCGUUGAUCAUUUUGAUUCUUAUUAUUUUCAUAUUGUAAAUAUCCAAAGUAAGCUUUACGUCAUGACAAUAAAGUAAAUUGAACUGAAAAAAUUACAAUUAAAAUUGGGAGAGAGAGAGAGAGAGAGAGAGAGAGAGAGAAGCUGAUACUUGUGCAAUUCAUUGUUCAUAUUAGACAUACACGUUGUACUGGCUGUAUGGUUCUGAUUACAUAUGCAUGAUUUUAUAAUCUCCUACAUUGACUGCAUGAGUGUGUGGAUUGAAUAUGCAGAUGGAGAAACAAUCUGGGCCCCAAAUGGUAUCCCAUUACCUACAAAUUGCGCUUCUUUUGGGGCCUGGUCAAAUGUAGUGGACUAUAUAGGAAAUAGGGUGCCAUUUUGGAUGCAGCUACAGAUGCUGUGGGGCUGUGGGAGGGUGAAUGGGACUAAUUCCACAGAGCCAAGUCUUUGGAUCUCUGUACUACCUACCACUUGUAUUGAUUAACUAGCUGAGUGUACGUGUGUGUGUGCGUGUGUAUGUGUGUGUGUCUGCACGUGUGCGUGUUUGUUUGUGUGUGUGUGUGUGUCCUUGUCUCUCUUCUGUCUC